AUGGCUGAGAUUCAAUCAUCAAACACAGUCUCCGUUGGUACCUUGCCUGCCACGGAUUCCGCCGAAAAACGGCAAUCCCAGCAGCGAGGGCCUCCACUGCAUCAGAUCUACGCCCUCCCGGCACCGAUCCGCACAUUCCCUUUACCGGCCUUUUAUCCGAACAACCCCAUAUCCUUCUUCCAUGUCGCGUAUGCGUGGUUAGGCCAACUGUGGUCUCCGCCCAAAGCGGAACCCUCGGUUGUGCAUAAUGGUAUUUGGUCGGCUGCUACAUCAUCCGUCCACAUCACGGAUGAUGUUUCUACCCGAGCUUUGUGGGAGCAAGGCUUCUACGGAAAGGGUAGUCUUAGUCGUAGUGAACCAGCUUGGUUAAAGCGUGAACAAGUUCGUCAAGGACUGGCUGAUGCACAUGUCAGCGAGAUUAUGACUGUGCAGAGAAGAGAAGAGCGUAUGCGUGCCAAGUGGGAACGAGCACGUCUCGAGCAAGAGGCGAUCCGAGAGACCCGCCGCAAGGAAGCGGAAGAAGCAAAAGCCAGAGAGACCAAGGCACGAGAAGCCAAAGCCUUUGAAGCCAAGGAACGAGAGCUACGUACCAGAGAGUCGAAAGACAUCGCAGAGCCCAGAUCCAUCAAACCUAUUUCGCUGUCGGCUGCCCUUCCAACUUGCAAGUCACCUGUCAGCCCUGCUGCACUUUUGGCUCUGCCAAAUUCACUAGUGGACAUUGUGAAGCCAACGCCUAUCAAGCCUGUCAGUCUGCCUGUGUCCACUCCCACACAUGCUUCGCCAGUGUGCCCUGCAACUAUCCUAGGCCUGCCGAACUCUGCCGCAGAAAUUGUCGAAGAGUCUGCCAUCGAGACAGCCGAAGAGAUUGAUGGUCUUGGAAUAUCCGGAGUCCAUCCAACGGCGAUGGGCCUGUCUGUGGAUACCUUCCUCAAUGGUCAUGUCAUGGAACCAGUUGCGAACGGAAUUCUUCACCAUGAAGUGAAUGGCACUUCCGUGGUUGCGUCUUCGUCAGAUGAGGAAGACAGCACUAAACCUAAGAAGCGACGUAAGAGUGUACGAUUCUCGCCAACAGUGGAAUCCACUACCUUUCACUUCGGAGAUCCCCCUAGCCCCAAGCGUUUGACGUCGAAUGGCACGGCUAAUGGGCUUGUCGAUAUUCGCGUCGUAUCACCCGUUGCUUUGAACGGACACAAUGAGAACUCUUUGGAGCGUACUAGCAGGCCAGUGCUGAAGAAUAUGGAGCAUCUCCAGCUCACACCGGAGGAGGCUUUCUUUCUGAACUUCGGUUUGGGUGUUCUGACGGUUACCGAUCCUGCCUCGGGCGCUCAGCUCUCGUCUUUGGACCUGUUGAGACUCUUCAGACAACAUUCAUACUUCCCACCUCGCGUUGAACCUGCGGAUCCCACGCUUCAACCCGAUGAUAACUUCCUCAUUCACUAUGCAGUGUAUCAUUACUUCAGAUCGCUUGGUUGGGUACCUCGCGCAGGCAUCAAGUUUGGCGUGGACUGGCUACUAUAUGCUAGGGGUCCGGUCUUUGAUCAUGCCGAGUUCGGUCUCAUCGUUGUCCCAUCUUAUUCUGAUGCGCUUUGGAAAGAGGCCGGAAAACAGGACCCUCAGAAGACAUGGCAAUGGCUCCAUGGCACGGUGCGUGUUCUGUCACACGUCACCAAGAGUCUUGUUCUAGUGUACGUUGAUGUACCACCACCUUCGAAAUUUGAGAAGGCUUUGGAGCAGGGAAUCGCUGAAGCAUUGAAGCUAUACAAAGUCAGAGAAGUGAUGGUGAAGCGAUGGUCUGCCAACCGUAACAGAGGCUGA